AGGAGAAACGGACCAAAAAUGGGGAACCCUUGGUAGACAGGAAUUACGGGUUCGUGAACAUGGCAGGUUUCGCGGGAAACAUCGGAUUCAAAAUCUCAUGCCACCUUCCCUCCCGCGUUUUUUCAAUUCCCCGGAUCAUUUGGAAGUCACAAAUUGUGUGCCUGAAGAGUAGAGACUUUAGUUCUUCCGUUCCUGUUAGGUACAUUUCUAGCAGGGUGAAAAUACCUGAAACUUCUCUGCCACUGAAAAGCCUAGGAUAUUGCAGCUGUCCUGAUGUUAAUGUGCUCAAGAUAAAUGGUGGAAAAGAUAUGUAUGCAACAAUUGCACAUUGUGAAGCUUCUCAAGAUCAAAAUGAAAUUUGCCCUGAUUUAUUAUUUGAUGACACUGAAGAAGGUUCUUUUGAUCAAGUGGAAGAUGUUGGAGAGUUGACAAUCGAUCAGGGAGGACACUCUGGUGACCAAGAUAUGAUUCCAAUUGAUAAAUUUACUAGUGAUGUUGAGGAGUCUGCUAUUAAAUUACUUGCAGCUAAGGCACUCACAACACUUGAGUUGAAAAAGAAAUUGCUUGGAAAGAGAUUCUCUCCUAAUGCAGUUGAGGCAGUGAUAAACAAGUUCCAGAGAAGAGGGUAUAUCAAUGAUAGGUUGUAUGCUGAAACAUUUUCCCAAGCUAGAUGGUCUUCGUCAAGUUGGGGGCCAUGGCGUAUCAAACAAGCACUGUUCAAGAAGGGAGUUAGUCAAGCUGAUGCUGAGAAGGCAGUUGAAUUGGUCUUCAAGGACAAUGAUUGUGCUGAAGAUAACAAGUCAGUCAUUGGCUUGUCAAAACAUUCCAUGGAUCAUCUUUAUGCGCAGGCCUCAAAGCAGUGGUUCAGAGGUCAGAAUGUACCCAAGGAGACAAGAAAAGCAAGAAUUGUUAGGUGGCUUCAGUAUCGUGGUUUUGACUGGAAUGUCAUUAACUUCAUAUUAAAGAAAUUAGACAAACAGGACCAGAAUUCUCCAUAGUGCACAAUUGGGAAAUCCAAUAUUCAUAUCAAGAAAAAUGCUAGCGGCACUAACUCUUAACACUUUCUUGUUAAUACCUUAUUAUUGGUUAAAAAUCACAAAUUUUAGUAGGUCCUACCACUAAAUCAGGAAAAAGACUCAUUAAAAAGAGAUGUGAAACCUACAAAAUUUGUGAUUUUCAAUAUUCACCAAUGAGAAAUAGUGUGUUGUUAACAUUUUUCUUCAUAUCAAUCUGGAAAACCAUUGGUGGGCUCCAUACAUGUUUCUUGAAAUGUAUAAUGUGUAAUGUGGUAGGGUUGUAGCCUCCUUUUGCUCUUAAUGCUGUUGCAAGAAAACUAGUAGUUCAUUUAUUUCUUCAAUUUGCUUAAGGUCAUGUGGCAUUUGAACACAUAAGGCUACACUUUGUCUGGGUACAUUGAAGCUACUUUUCUUUUUCUUGUUGAGGCUGAGAUAAAGGAGCAAGCACCACUAAGGAGGUGCUACGUGUGAGUCCACUGUGUCCAUUCUUGUAGAUAUGGCUCUAACAUGAUCCAGAAACAAUUGAUCUAUGCUUAUCUUAAAUGCUUGCUUACGCUAGAAAGAUUA